UUAGCUCCGAUAGGAAUGCUGAAGCUAUUUAUUGCAUUGACUGCUCUUUUGGCCACCGCGGCUGCUGCUCCACUGGAGGGUCGCAUCACCAAUGGCGAUGUGGCUCGUGUGGGCCAGUUCCCCUACCAGGUGGGAUUGAGCAUUGCUAUUGGUGACUCUGGUGCCUGGUGCGGUGGCUCCCUGAUCUCCAAACGCUGGAUCUUGACCGCUGCCCAUUGCACAGACUCUGCUGAUUCGGUGACCGUCUAUGUGGGCGCCACCAAGAUCAAGGAGGAGGAGCCCGGACAGCACCGCAUCCAUGUGGAGAAGAGCGGCAUCAUUGUGCACGAGCACUGGAAUCCCCAGCUGGUCGUCAACGACAUUUCCCUGAUCAAGCUGCCCGCUGAGCUGGAGUUCAACGAUCGCGUCAGAGCCGCCACUCUGCCCAAGAAGGACGGUCGCUAUUCCACCUAUGCUGAUGAGCUGGCCAUCGCCUCUGGCUGGGGUCUGGACAGCGACAAGUCGAACGCUGUCUCGCCCGUGCUGCGCUACGUGGAGCAACCCAUCAUGAGCUCCGAGAGGUGCAACAAGUACUGGAUGGGCCUCAUCACCGACAAAGUCAUCUGCAUGAGCACCAAGGGCGGCAAGUCCACCUGCCAGGGUGACUCUGGCGGUCCGCUGGUUCACAAGGAAGGCGACAUCAACUAUCUGAUCGGUGCCACCUCCUUCGGUCUGUCUCUGGGCUGCGAGAAGAACUUCCCAGCUGUUUUCACCAGAAUCACCUCCUACCUGGACUGGAUCGAGGAUCACAGCGGCGUGGUCAACAAAUAGACUUCUCCCGCUUGAAUUCAUCAAGAGUAUAAUACUUUGGAAGUUAAAACCAUAAUCGUAUGCUUAUGUGGAGGAUUAGAGAUAUAUAUAUAUAUAUAUAUAAAUAUAUAUAUAGAUAUGUGUCUAUAUAGACUAUAUAGAUAUGUGAUUGUUAUCAGGCUCUCAACUUCUAAGGGUUGAUUGUUAAUGCGAUACUUGAGCUUAUUGCGACGUAGUCUUCUAUAAAAAGAGCAUAAUCAAA